UGGAAUUGCCGUCGGGAACUUCGAGAUGAAGUUUAGUGAUUUAGUGAAGUUUAAGAGUUUCGGAUUUGUUUUGUUUGGCUUAAGAAUUAUUAACUCAUGAGGUCUGAUGUCUAAAUGUGGUUAUUCAAGAUUUUUCAAAACAAAUAUGAAUUGCCCUCACACAUACUGUCAUAUAGAAAAAUGUGCACAUUGGCACAUCUCCUACAGCACCAGGGGAGAUCUAAUUCCCUGGCACAAUUUGAGGCUCGCUUCUACACUUCAAAAAAUGUGACGAAGGUCCUACAAGGACAUCCCCUUCUGCGGGUAAAUGGAGUGUAUCAGUCACGUCAACAGUCAUUGCAUAACUGGCAUUAUCUCAGCAGGUUAUCUAUGCCGUCUUUAUCUCAGUCAUUGAGAGGAACUCCGUAUUUACUUCUCAAUGGCCCCCAUUGCAUUCUAACCAGACACCCGAAUACAGCAUUACAGUUAGGCAUCCACACAUCAUCCAAGAAAAGAGAUAUCCCCGAAUAUUUGCAAGGGAAUAUCAGCGAGGUGGCAAGUCUCGAGGAUGACCUCCUUCUCAACGAUCUGGAAGAAGAAGAAGGAAAUGAUAUGGAGGAAGAUAUCGUGGAAUUCCUCACCUCGCAUCUUAUAGCAUACGAGGAGACAGCUACAAGUUUUACCGUCCAGUGUCCAGCAUGCUCAAAGGAAGAUAACAGUGCUCGUCCACAGGAAGUCUUUGUGGAUAAAAAUUCAGGUUACUUUGUCUGCCCUUGGUGCUGCCGUGCUGGGGCGUGGGAGGAGCUGAUGCAUCUCCUGAACACCACAGAAGAUUGUCUCACAGCCGAGGAACUUCACGCUUUCCUGUCAACCACCUUACCUGUUUCAGAAGCAGAACAAAUCAACUUGCAAGAAUCUCCUUUGAAGUAUAUCAGCUUAAGCACACUGAACAAGUACGACGCCAGAGUAACAAGUGAAGGAGCCCGUAUUGUUGUGCCAGUGCAGACUAGUGACGGUGAGAUUGUUGGCUUCGAGAGCGUCUCAACUCUUCACCAGCACCCACUCGUGAUUCGGAGAUAUGUUUCUGGAAAAGCAAGUGUUUUUGGUGCAUCGGUAACAAAGCAAACACAUCAUCGCAUUAUUGUAGUCCCAAGCUGCUGUGAUGUUUUGAAGUUGGCAGAGCACGACGUUCCUGCAGUCUCACUACCAACUGGAAAUGUCGAAGCUCUUCAGGAAUAUAUCUCAGGCAGCAAUAAACUAGAAGUGAUACUAUGGCUUGGAUCUGAAGCACCACCUCGGACACUCCUCAUGGCUCUCAUCGAUGCAGGUGUUUCGUGCAGCUUGAUUCGGUCUGCCAAGGAUGACCAACCAAUACAUAUCAAGACUUCAAAGGAAAUUCAAGCUGCCCUGAAGAACACAAUUCCAGUGUUAUCUGAAACGACCACCACAUUUGCGCAGCUCAAAGACAAGAUUUAUUAUCGUCUCACACACAAAGAAGAGGUCUGCGGUGUCCAGUGGAAGAGAUACAGCGAACUAAACGAACUGUUACUAGGUCACCGGCCAGGAGAACUGACAGUACUCACAGGUCCCACGGGCUCAGGGAAAACCACGUUCAUGGCAGAAUAUUCUUUGGACUUGUGUUUGCAAGGGGUGAAAACCCUGUGGGGCAGCUUUGAAGUGAGUGUGGUGCGGCUUUGUGAAGUGAUGCUGCAUCAGUACAGUGGGACAUCCCUUCCUCACGACCCCAUUGCUUUCAACAACCUCUCCUCGCAGUUUGCCUUGCUGCCUCUCCACUUUCUCACCUACCAUGGCCAACAGACAGCUUCAUCUGUUAUCAAGGCUAUGACCGAGGCUGUCCGAGUUUGGGGAAUACAGCACGUCAUCAUAGAUAACUUGCAGUUUAUGUUAGGCACAAGUGAUCAGUCCAUGGAUCGCUGGUGGGAGCAAGAUCGUGCAGUGGCAGCUUUCCGGCGAUUUGCAACGACCCACAAUUGCCAUGUUACUCUGAUUGUACAUCCUAAAAAGGUGCCCGAAGGUCAGCUGCUGAGCAUCAACAGUGUAUUUGGUGGAGCCAAGGCAACACAGGAGGCAGACAAUGUGCUUAUUCUGCAGGUGAAGAGCAGCUCAGCCAUCAAUCAAAGCAAGAAGGCACUGCAGGUUGUGAAGAAUAGAUACGGAGGCCAGCUAGGAGUGCUUCCUUUGAGGUUCCACAAAGAAUCUUUGACGUUGUCUUCCUGUUUCCGCCGCAAGGACAAAGAGAAAGACAAGGAAAAGGGUGCUGAGGCAGAAGAGACACGCAAGGCAAAUUCUUCCGUACAACGCCCCCGAGUGAAGGGUCUGUCUGCCUUUGGCUUUUAAAGUGCUGCACGAAUCUUCUGUGCCAUAAUAUUCCAGCAGAUAACGUUGACUUAGAGGAAGUAUCUAACUGAAGAGAGAGGUAAUGAAGUUAAUAUUGAAGUGUAUUAGAUACAUCUCUUGCACCAGAUGUAUUUGAAGUGUUCCUGAAGAAGAUGUAAUCAAAACUUAUCAACUAUAUCUCAUGCUGUUAAGUUAUUAGCUCUCGUUCAUCCCUAUUUGUGCUUGUACCUAACUGUAAAAAGUGAAUAAAUUGUAGAGAAUUUACGUUGCUGUGUUCAGAUAAAAUGAAGUAAUGUAAUUACUGAAAUUCUUUAUGUAAAUUUUAUAAUUUUUAUAAAAUUACAAGAAAAAAC